AUGGAACGCCAGCAUAAGGUAUUGGCAACUACAAGUAAUCAAGGCCAAGGUGCUAGCAGUGAGAGUUUAGUUGAUAGAUUUAGUUGUCUUCCGGAAGAAGUUGUCUGUCACAUUCUUUCCUAUCUCAAUGCAUUGGAUCUCAUUCGAGCGAGCAGUGUGUCAAAACGAUGCAGAAUGUUAUAUGUUUCAGUCCCGGGAUUAAAUUUCGAUGUAAAUGCGCUGCCCGGAGGGAAAUGCUGGUGGAAGCGAGCAAAAUUGUUGAAUCAUUUGGAUAGGUUAUUGAUUCAACGCGAGGGUAGCAAGAUAGAAAGGUUUCGUAUCAGUUGGGUUUUUGAAGGAGUAACUGCAUGUAACUGUGAGGAGCAUUGUCGAGUGAUCACAUGGAUCUAUACUGCUGUGAAGUGUAAUGUUGAAGAGUUAGAUCUUCAGCUAGCUCUGAACUAUAGAGGGAAAACAACAAGUUUAGAGUUGCCAUGUUGCACCUUCCGUUGUCCAUCUUUGAGGUCCCUAACGCUGGACUUGAAGUUCUGUGUUCUUAAAGCGCCCUCAAUCACCAUUUGCACUAAUCUCCAAUCCUUACUAUUAAGAAGUGUUAUCAUUGAGGAGGAUUUUUUAAAAUGGAUAUCGAGUUCAUGCCAAUGCAUCAAGGAGUUAACUAUUGACUGUGUUCUUAGGCCGAAAAGUAUCAGCAUUGAGAGCCCAUCUUUGGAAUCCAUUCAUUUUGUGUUUGUGGGUAGACGUCAACAAUACGAAGACAUUGAUGCUCUUAGCAUUUCUGGUGAAAAUCUUCAUCGUAUACAUAUUGAGCAUAUUGACCUGAGAUCUUCAGCAUGCCACCAUUCAUUAUAUAUUGUGGCUCCAAAUCUCAAAUAUUUGAAUUUAACUGGGAAUGUUGCUCGUGGUCUAUCUGUGGAGAAAUUCAUACAUUCAGAAGAAGCUAUGAUAUUUCUCAACCCGGGGGAAGAUGGUUUUGACAAAGUAUUUGAAGUGGUUAGCUGUAUACUUGGGGUUAAAGUUCUUCAUCUAAACACAGUGACCAUAAAGGCUCUAUUCAAAUUUGGGGAGGGAUCCAUGCCAGGACUAUUUUACAAUAUCCGUCACCUCUAUAUCCAUACCAAGGGCUUGGAGAAUGACCAAGUCUCAGCACUGGUCUCUCUUCUAAGUGAAAUGCCAAAUUUGAGUACUUUAAACAUGAAGUGUGAGCCGAAUACUAGGCAAUUAAAAUCUGUGGAACCGACUCGUGUAUCUGUGGGUAAAAAGUGGAAAGCCCAAAGCGUGGCUUGUAUUGACCAACUUAAGGCGGCGACAUUAGAGAUUUCCUAUGGAAAUAAUGAAUUGGAGUUAGCGAGGUUCUUGUUGGAGGAUGCUAAGAAGUUGAGAAAGAUGGUCUUACAAUUGAGUGCCUGGUCAUACUCUCGGAAGAAAUUGAAGCUAGCGAGGGAGUUGCCUUAUCCAUCAAAUCUUAUUAGGGCAGUAAACGAAGACAAGAUUAAUUCUACUGCCACAAUUGUCUUUGAGGCUGCUUAA